AUGGAUCAAGACCCCGACCGGCCCGUUGACCUCGCCCUUAUGGCCCUCAAGAGAAAGUGGCUGGCCUCGCAUCCUUGGUCAACCCUCUCAGGGAAGUUGAGCGCCGAAGACCUUGCGAUCCUCUUCAACGACAACCUGAUUGACAUCCCGAUUCCAUCUGACCCAGCUCCAUCGAAUUCAAAUCUCACAGCCGCGGAGUUUGCUGAGCGUGACGCCGACAUUACCUCCUACUUAAAUCGGGAAAUGGCCUUCUUCAACUGGAAGAUGGACCUCAUGGAACGGGGGAUAAUCAACUCACCUGGGCCAGGCAUCACAGACUGGAAAACAGCCCGAGUAGAAUCCGGCUUCCCGGCCGAAUUCUAUUCGCUCAAGACCUGGAAUUCAGUCAAAAAGGCAAUCGAACAGGGCAGGGCCUCCGGCUCUAUCCCAUUCUCGACUCCCAUCACCACUCUCUUGCUCUCUCCCGGUAUCGGUUUCGACCCUCCAGUGUUCGCCAGCACCUCCGAUGCCCCCGCCUUAAUCUACAAGCCCGUCGACCGCGCCCGUCGUGGCGUUGUUCCCAGUCCCUGCCCUUGCUUGUGCUGCCUCCAUUCCCGUUUGGACUAA